AUGUCAAGAGACACUUUAUCGAAAGCAGCCAAAGAUUUCACUGCCACUUUAGAUGAGCAACUUCCUCAAAUUAACGCUUUGGCGGAGCAGGACUACAAGGGUGCUCUGGACAAGCUACUUCUCCUGGAGAAGCAAACCCGUCAAGCUUCAGAUUUGGCUUCUUCCAAUCGAAUCAUGAUAUCAUUAGUUGAUUUAUUGACUAAACAUAAUGACUGGAAGAUGUUAAACGAACAAUUCAGUUUACUUUCUAAAAAGCACGGCCAAUUGAAGCAAUCCGUGACUACUUUGAUUCAACAGGUCAUAGGCCAUUUGGAUGAAAUUACUGAUAUUGAUUUGAAAAUCAAAUCCAUAGAGAACUUAAGAACCACAACGGAGAAUAAAAUUUAUGUGGAGAUUGAAAGAGCUCGCGUAACCAAGAUUCUGUCUGAUAUUUUGCUAUCCAGAGGGGAUCUGGAUAAAGCAACGGAGAUACUUUGUGAGUUACAGGUUGAAACUUAUGGUUCAAUGGAGUUACAAGAGAAAAUUGAGUUCAUUUUGAAUCAAGUUGAAUUGUGUAACAAGAAAGGUGAUUAUCAGUUUGCCAAGAUCCUUUCUAGAAAGGUCUUGGUGAAAUCGUUGGAGAAGUUUCCGGAGUUAAAACUCAAGUUUUAUCAACUAAAAAUUGCUAUCGCUAAUGAUGAGAAUGAUUACAUUUCGAUUGUUCGUUAUUACCUUUCUAUCUACGAAAUUCCUUUCAUUCAAGAAAAUAGACAGGAAUAUUUGUCGACAUUGACCAAUGCAGUCUAUUUCAUAAUGCUAUCCAAGUAUUCCAAUCUGCAAUCUGACUUGAUUAGCAAGAUUGCAGUUGAUAAGAAUUUGCCCAAGAUACCUACUCAGCAACAGUUAAUCAAAACAUUUACGACUCAAGAACUGAUCAGUUGGGAAAGUUUCCAACAAGCUUAUGCCACAAUUUUAUUCCAACAUGAAGUAUUUGAUCAGAGCACAACCAAAGGCAAGCAACAUUUGGAGGAUCUGAAAUCUAGAGUUAUCGAGCACAAUUUAAGAGUUAUCUCCACGUAUUAUUCAUGUAUCACUUUGAAACGAUUACAGGAAUUGUUGCAAUUGACGCAAUCCCAAGUGGAGCACAACAUUACCACAUUGGUCAACGAUGGAACCAUAUACGCCAAGGUUAACAGACCCUCAAAAGUGGUUGAUUUUGUGGAAAGAAAAACGGAAAACGAACUUCUCAACACAUGGAGUAGUAACGUAGAUGAGCUCUUGGAACAUAUUGAAACUAUUGAACAUUUGGUAAACAAGGAAGAAAUGAUGAAGUCGUUGACGGCUUAA